CGACAGCAAAAAGCAAUGCGGCCAACAUGCUCGAUCGCUUGGGGUACGACUGCCGCCAAGCGUGCGUCGCCAAUCAUCACGAUUCGCUACCGGUAGGUCUGUGCUCAAUUGUGGCAUGUGCAUGGGGGAACGAACAGCAGAGUGACCACAGUACCCUCCUGCAAGAAUGGAGCUCGCCAGCAAGUGCCCAAAUGUCACCAUGGCACCGUACCGACAUUGAGCGAAGGCUUGCCGAGGUCGAUCCAGUUUCAACAGAGCUGACGUGUGACUUAGCCAUCUACACGGCUUUUCUCGCCGGGGAAGGUAGGUGUUGUCCUCAUUCUCGUACUUCCAGGUCGCCGCUCAUGUUUAAAGAAGGCAAGGAGAUGUUCGUCCAGGCGUCGCUGUGCGAAGCCAGCAUCGAGUACUUGAAACUUCGACUUGCUGGUCGAUUUGGACCCGUCCUUCAGUCCGACAUCCAGACCGUCAUGUGCAGCACCAGCUGCAUGGACAGCGACGUCAUGCAUCAAAGCGCCAUGGAACGAUCACACUGCAGCUGCACCCAACUGUCCACCGACAGUUUCAUUUCACAAGACUUUUGCCGACAGAACUCAGCGCGGUUGCUUUGUAGCAUCUUGGGGGUCUGCGGGACGUGGGGCUGCGGGCUCCAUGACUUUAUGUGUCCUCGGUACGAUUGGGACCGACUGUACCCGUGCGCUGCCACGUCAUUUCAAGUGUCCUUUCUGGUUAUGGGAGUGUUGGCGCUAGCCGUUCUGGACGCCAUAUUAAUUCAGUAAUGCAUGGUUGUCGUCACUUGGCGUAUCCCUCGC